GAGAGACAGCGGCAGAAUGAAAGAGAGAGAGAGAGAGAGAGAGAGAGAGAGAGAGAAAGAAAGAAGAUGGGAGGGGGGAUACUGUGGGUAUCAGCAGACAGGAACACACAAGUGCUGAGCAACCGUACGUGCUGUGCUCGCCCGCUGCGGACGUUUGCGAUUGUUUGCUGACUGGAGUGUUGUUCUGUCUGCACCGUUUCACUGUGUGUAGUCCAGCAACCGAACACAGAGCGGGAAACUAGAGAGGAGGCGAGAAAGUCUGAGUAGAACCAGCUUGCAUCUCGCCGCAGUUCUGCCAAGAGUUCACGCUCUGAUGGAUGCCGCUCACCUGUAGGACAUCUCGUAAAUCCUUGAGGCAAGCGCUACGACAGAACAAUCUGAUUGCUGACUUCACAAGCUGCAUGGGGGUUCUGGUGUGUUGUGACUGUUUCUUCUACAGGAAAUCCAAAACGAAGCCCAAUGGAAAGAAAGCACCCACAGAAGAGAAGAAGCAUUACCUGGAGCCAGAGUACACAAAAGUGCGACUCAUGGACUUCGGCCUUAAGGAUUUGGUUUCGCUUCCGACCAAGGAGAUAGACUUGAAUGAAUGGCUUGCCAGCAAUACAACAACUUUCUUCAAUCUCAUCAACCUGCAGUACAGCACAAUCUCAGAGUUUUGCACUGGUGAAACUUGUCAAGCCAUGACGGCCUGCAACACUAUAUACUACUGGUAUGACGAAAGGGGGAAGAAAACUAAGUGCACAGCGCCUCAGUACGUGGACUUCGUCAUGAGUUUCGUGCAGAAAGUAGUGACGGACGACGAAAUCUUUCCCACAAAAUAUGGCAAAGAAUUUCCCAACUCGUUCGAGACUCUGAUAAAGAAGAUCUGCCGGUAUCUGUUUCACGUGCUGGCGCACAUCUACUGGGCACACUUUAAAGAGUCCGUAGCUCUGGAGCUGCAGGGACAUUUAAAUACAUUGUACGCACAUUUCAUCGUCUUUAUCAGGGAAUUCAACCUGGUCGACUCAAAGGAGACCUGUAUCAUGGACGACCUAUCAGAGGUGCUGUGCACCCCCCUGCCCCCCCAUACACACAAUCACGUAACCGAGAGAUGAGCCUGUUGUCUCGGCGACUGAACUCCUCGAACCGAGCAGAAGAGGGGAAAGAUGAUAAACAGCUCAAAGCCUCCGGUCUAUGUUAAGUACAUGGGUCGGGCCCCUCCAUUGAUAUUUAUUACCAUCCUAAUACCAACUGGUGGACAAGAGGGGAUGGAGGUCUGCAGCUUACCAGCACAGAUUGGUGUGGAUAUUUCCUCCUGGAAAAACGAUCUGUCUACCUUGUUGUUUAUAUAGGAACAGUUUGUAUUUUUGCUUUAUUCAUUAUUUUUGCGCAUGUGCUCUCGGAGGUUGUGUUUUUUCUGUUUGUUUAAGGGAAUGGUUUUAUUGCUUUGCUCAUCUGUGCCUUGGAUAUAUAAGGUAUGGUCUGUAUUCAACAAUGUUUAGAAGAUGAUGAGUGACCCCUGGCUCCCCCUUGUGGAGGGAGUAAAGUCACAUACUGACUUACUUUUCAUGUACAGCCUUAUUUCACAUUGACUUAUGAUGACUUAUAUUCCAAACACCAUAUAUUAUCCAUUUCUUUUUGUUUUUACCUCCUCUGGCACCAUUUUUAAAUUGCUUUGCGUUUUUACUGUGCGAUUUUAGUGUCACGCAAAGUUCAAGGUUUUCAUGUACUCUAUCCAUUCAAGAUUCUGUUAAAGAAGGUAUGAUGGAUUUGAGUGAUGUUCUGGAGAAAUAUUGAACUUGUUUUGCAGGUUUCUAGACAAGGACAUAAGUGAAAUCUGCAUGUCUGCUUGCUCAGAGAUGCUGCAGAUUGAGGCAAAUAAUUGUUGCAUGGCAGUUGACUUGCUGUUGCAAUGAUUAGACAGCGCAUAAUCCGGUGUCGCAAUACCUGUUUUUUAUUUCACUUUUUUAAUUUAUCGGCGGUAAUGAAUAUCGUGGCAUAUGUGGAACAUGCACAUUUUCCCUUUUCUAAAGAAAUAGAUUGUAACUAUAUAAAAAAAUCACAAUAAUUGCCUUUAGAGAGAGAGAGGAUAGUCUUUCUCCUUUAUAUUUAUUUUGACCUUUUUUAAUCUAUUGGCAGAGUUCUUUUAUUCUUGCUUUUUAAGUAUUUUUAAUUAUCUAAGUUAAAAGCCACUUAUUAUGUUAAGCUCAGCGAAGUGUAAUCUAAUUAAAACAAGAAAUGCCACUUUAUUUCAGUGUAUGUACUUGUUUUAUUCAUUAUAUAUAUAAAACAGAGCUGGCAUAUGUGACUAUUUCUUGCGAAAAUUAACCAUGGUUUAGCCUUUUCUUGGUAAUAAAAACAUAA